CGCUCUUCACGUGACCGGUUUUCAAAGUCACAUGACUGACCAAAGGUAAUGAGAAAGUGGGAGAAGAUGCAGCGACAGAUUGGACUAAAUCAAUGAGUCGACUUCCAGGACAUGCCAGAUCCUGGUCCAGAUAAAAUGGCGCUUUCAUUACCAUCAUGUGUCCUCCUGGUCCUUUUCAUCUCAGCUGAAGUGAUCUCCUCUACAGAAAGCAGCAAAUGCAUAGCCAGAAGCUUUGGCCAGAACUCUGUGGUCUGUGAGUGUAAUUCAACCUACUGCGAUGCUGUCGGCUCGGUCACCCUGCCUCCACUGGGCCAGUUUUCCUCCCACCUGUCCAGCAUGGCGGGCAGCAGGCUGGAGGCCGACCAGGGUCAGGUCCAGGUGAAGAGCACUGGGGCAGGCCUCAGGCUGACUAUCGUUCCCUACCAGAAGUACCAGAAGAUCAGGGGAUUUGGUGGAGCCAUGACGGACGCUGCAGCCAUCAACAUACUCUCACUUUCAGCUGGCACACAGGAGCAGCUGCUGCGACAGUACUUCUCCAAUGAAGGUAUCGGCUACAGCGUCGUGCGUGUCCCUAUGGCCAGCUGUGACUUCUCCACCCGUCAGUACACGUACGCGGACACACCGGGAGACUACAACCUGGAAAAUUUCACUCUGGCCUCCGAGGACAUCAACAUGAAGAUCCCUCUCCUGCAGCGUGCCCAGGCCUUGUCUCCUCGGCCCCUGUCUCUGCUGGCCAGCGCCUGGAGCGCCCCCGCCUGGAUGAAAACUAAUGGGGAACUCAUAGGAAAGGGCUCCCUCAAGGGCCAGCCAGGCGGCAAGGAACAUAAAACAUGGGCUCAGUACUAUAUCAGGUUCCUUGAGGAAUAUGCUAAGUAUAACUUGACCUUCUGGGCCCUGACCACAGGAAAUGAGCCCUCUGCAGGACGGAUGACAAACUACAGUUUUCAGGCUCUGGGCUUCACCCCUGAGGAGCAGAGGGACUGGGUGGCCCUGGACCUAGGCCCUGCUCUGCAUGCCUCGUCAUACCCGCACACACACGUCCUCGUGCUGGAUGACAACCGCCUGCUGCUGCCCUACUGGGCUAAAGUGGUCCUCAAUGAUGUUCAUGCAGCAAGAUACAUUCAUGGCGUGGCAGUCCACUGGUACAUGGACAGCUUUGUCCCAGCUGAGAUAAGCCUGGGAACCACACAUCACAUCUACCCAGAGUAUUACCUGUUCGGCACGGAGGCCUGCGCCGGCUGGAACCCGAUAGACAGAGGGGUGAAGCUGGGAAGCUGGGACAGGGCAGAGGACUAUGCACAUGACAUCAUGAAGGACUUAAAUCAUUAUGUGGUGGGCUGGACCGACUGGAACCUGGCGUUGGACCAGACUGGUGGACCAAACUGGGUUAAAAACUUUGUAGACAGCCCAGUUAUUGUGGAUGCAAAGCGCGACGUCUUCUACAAGCAGCCGACUUUCUACAGCUUAGCCCACUUCAGCAAGUUCUUGUGGGAGGGGUCUCAGAGAGUGGGGGUGUCUCCCAGUGUAGAGACGAACCUGGAAUACACUGCCUUCAUCAGGACAGACAGCUCAGUCGUCCUCAUCGUACUGAACAGGUCGUCCUCAGAGAUCCAGUUUGAAGUGUGGGACCCUGCUGUGGGUUACAUCCCCGCCAAAGCUCCAGCUCGUUCACUGCUAACACUGUCUUGGAAGACACAGUGACACAAGUUCAUUCAUCGUGCGUUUGUCUUUCACUUGAACCACAUCACAAGCAUGUCUCUGCACAUGUAAGAAUCAAGAGCAUUUCACCCCUGUACAUUCUCAUCACCGCAGAGGUUUUGAGAACUGUAUCGGCCGUACUACUUCCAUGCAUUUUUAUCAACCGCCCGAAAUCUGAUCUUCUUGGCUGUGAUUUUCAUUUAAAAUACCGCGAAAUAGCAGCUGAAUUGAAUGCUCACCAGAAUAAUCUGCGCUGCAGCGCAUCCCUGGUGCCUUGAUUUACAGCGAAUAACGUUUACGGAAUACACUGAUCAGCCACAACAUUAAAACCACUAACCGCUGCGUUCUGGGAAAUCUGGGUCCCGGCGUUAAUCUGCCCUUUGCUUUGAGACCCACCACCAAUACCCAAUGUAUGCCAUCCACUGACAGGCUGGUCUGUUUAGAUUGAUGAUUACUGCUGUUGCUAUUUAAGUUUCUAAUUUUAUAAUAAAGAAUAUAUUGUUUUAAA